CCAGUUGGGGUUCCAGAGAAAAUAGGAAAUGAUACCUACACUGCCACUACCACUACAAUAUCUGGAGGGUGUGAUGGUGAUAUAUACCAGUGUAAUGCAUCUAAUGGAGCUGCUGCUGAUCAACUAAAUGUUGUGGAACUGAGAGUGGCCUCUGACCCAUUCAAUAUAACACUGACUCAGACAUCAGCUACAUCAGUGAUAGUGGAGUGGAGCCAGCCAUCAGGAGGAGCCACAGUGACUGGAUAUGUAGUACACUACAGUCAUGGAGUUGAUAACAUUAAUCAGAGAGUAGCUGCAUCUUCCACUAGUUCAAACAUAACACAUCUCGACAGGAAUACAUCCUAUCAAUUCUCAGUGGAGGCUACUUCAGAACACGUUUCUGGAGAGUCUAAUAACUGCACAAUAACACUGUUUGAUCCUUUUGAUGGAAUAAAUGUUGUAGAAUGUGACCCAGUCCCCCAGAGUCAAACUGUAUUGCUGUCAAAGUGGGCACUACUAAUGUUGGUAUGACUCAUGUCUCGUUGACUACUACUCCUUCAGUUGGCUUGAUCAUAACUUCGGCAAUAUCACUGCCAUCCACAAGUUUCACAGCUAAGGUGACCACCAUGGUGUCUUCCUCAGGAUUUGAUGCUACCAGAACCACUCCCUCACCAACUGAAUCACCUUCACCUGGUUUCACAUCUACGAUGGCCACCGCUCUGUCUUUGUCAGUGUAUACAACAGGACCUGAUACUACCAGAACCACCCCCUCACCAACUGAAUCACCUUCACCUGGUACAGUGACUACCAUGGUGUCUUCUACUGUCCGA